GCAACCUAGCAGACUUCUAUCUGUUUGACUAAUCAUUUAUUAAAUAAUUAAGAGCCAAAGAUGUGGCCUUGCAUCAAUGUUUGACCUCUGUGAGGCUCAAAACUGCAUUAAGACUUCCUUUUUUCAGUGUUGCAGCUAGUGGUAACCACAGUUUCCUUCAUCUCAACGGAAGACAGUAGCAGGUGCAUGCAAAAAGCAACAAUAAGGGCAUGAGCAUCUACGCGCCCAUCUAACAGUAAGUAUCUUAUUUUUAUUUUAGUCUUCUUUGUUCUUACUAAUAAAGGAGCUCUAGCCCAUCUUCCCACUGCAGAAUCCAGUUUUCCUGACAAACAAUACUUCUUCUUCUUCUGUUUAAAAGCGAUAAAUAAUCUCGGACACUUUCCUCCUACAGGCUGAAUUGCAGUCCCACAGAGUCUUUACAAGUAUGUUUCCGUUUAAGCUCUGUUAGGCUGAACAUGUGUCAUACGAGAAGUGUACUUUUAACAAUAUUUAUCCCCGUUGGUAUUUCUGGGUCUGCAUGAGCUCUUUGUUGUCUCUGGUCUCAAUUAAAGGUGCACUGUUAUUAUGUAUUCUGAUACCCACUAGCCCUGAUAAUUAGACUCAGGUUUGCCUUCGGUGGAGUGAUAAUAAAAGACCGUGUUGAGAAAUGUCAUUAUCGUUCCACUUCACACAACUGCGUCUCUUCUCCCUCCAUCUAUGAAAUGCUGAUGUGAGACGGAGUUUGAAUUUUCUUAAGGGUGUGUUAGUUAGCAUGUGACAUCUGUAUGUGUGUAUGUGAGUGCGCUCCCUGUCGAGCUGUUAAGUGGGUGACACAUUGAACUGUAGUCAGGAAUGCUACCCUGUGAGAAGAGGAAAAAAAGGAGAGAACAACAAUAAGAGGGGGAGGAGAGAGAGAGACAGAGAGGCAGACACAGAGAGAGAGAGGACGAGAGGAUAAACCAGUGUGGCAGGUUUGCGUCACUGUGCACAGUCCAUCAUGCAAAGCUGAUGUAAAGAGAAGAAGACUGAGAGAGGAGUUAGGAGCUGAUGUCAUGUGUCAACACCGUGGUCUGAGACAUGCACAGAGGUCUCUCUUAGAAAAGGCAACGGGAGCUGUUCACUGAAGUUGUCUUUGGAAACUGAACACUGCAAGCGACAGAACAACAGGAAAACAAAAAGAGAAACCCAAAGGAAUCAUCUCUACUUCACCACAAGGCAAAGCAACAUCAGGAGCAUCCCUGAAAUAUCAAACUUUGUUCCUGAGGAUUUGCCUCUGUGCAAAAUACUAAUGAGGGGACUGUAACUGUGCCAGCUUCAAUGGUUUUUUACACACUGAAAAUUGCAGCAUUCAGACAAGCUGCUUCCAGAGUGCAGUCUUAAAGAUAGUUUCUUGGAAUCUCUUAAAUAUCAAGUUCACUUUUCCGCUCCUUUUUAGGGAUUUGGCACUUCACAGGUGAUCAUUAACUCUGUUUACUCAUGGACAAUGGACGUGUCUUUGCUCCCAAAUCCAGCAAGUGAAUACAACAGGCAGAGGACAGGAGUGCUCUUCACUGUCCGCUCAGCUAACUCUCCUUCCUACAGUCUCACUCGUAGGCCUGGGGUUAGGAAACCCAGAGGCUUUUCAGAGGAACAGAGGGAGAGUGCUGGGAAAGAGGGAGAAAGAAAUGAUACCCACACAAAUAGUUCAGAAAAAGAGGAGGAUGUCAAAGCUGCUGGUUAUCAAGCCAGGAUUGGCAGUGUUUUAGGUCAGAAUGAGGAGACGGACACAUUAGGCCAAAUGUCUACCAUGCUCAGCCAAAAUGGAAAUGUAGACGAAACAAUCACAGAGUUUGGCACUGACAGAGAUAGAAGUAUUGAAUCAGAAAGCCGGGGUAGGACGGAGAUGAGGAGAUACAACCUGCCAAGUAGAAGCAAGAGCUUGGAUUGGAAGACAGGGGUAAAAAGCCCUGAUCGAGGCAAAAGAGCUGACAUGUUAGUUUGGUCAACCAAACCAACAGGAGACAUCAUAAAACCCACUGGAGGCCUGGGGGGACAGGGGAGGGUGAGGUCCUCAAUACAGACUUAUUAUAACUGUACAGGUACAAGACACGCUCAAGAGAGGAACCCAGUGAGUCAUAUCAGUCAGACUUUAGACAGGACCACUAGGGGACACUCCCUUCCAUCCAGGUUAAGGUCCCAGUCUGGACCAUGCUCUAAUGUCAAAACAUCUGCCUCGUUUGGCUCCAAAGGUGGUCAGAGUAUUCUGGAGCGGAUAGAGAUGCUCUAUGGGUCAGCCGGCUUUGGUAAGACAGAAGAAUCCAACCCAUUGACAUCCUAUUACAGAGAAACAAGCAAAGAGGUCCUUAGUCCACCUCAGCCAAGGUCAUACGACUGGACAUCAGGGGGAACCUUCCCCAGGCAUCUCUCAUCAGGACAAACAAGCAGCUUCAGGAACUCAGUCACCUGGACACAAACAGAUAAUUCAGGUCCUGAAGCUUUUUCUCCUCAGAGUAGGACCAGGGAGAGAUUUUCAGGGGGCCAGUGGCAAGGACAAACCCAAGGCAUCAGCUUGAGUAAAAGGUUAGGGGAGACUGGCACGAUGUCUCUGGAUCGAGCAAGGAGUAGAAACACUGUAGCGGCUAAGAUAAGAGCUGCAAGGACUGCUGGUGAAAUAACCAUGCCUCAACAGUCUGGCACUUCCUCAGAUGAGUGGAGAACAGCUUCUAUGAAAGAGUGGUCCAGACAGAGAGUGAGGAGAUUCAGUGGAAGCACUGACUGGGGUAGCACUAAUGUAACACACGGGAUACUCAGAGAAAGAGCCGGAUGGCUUAAUAAGCAAGAGACUGAUGAUGGAGUGAAAGAUAAAGGUAAAUUGAAGAGUGUUAGCACUGAUGGGGAUGGGAUUGAUUCAAACCAACCAAAAUUCUCCAUGAAACCAUUUGAGAGAAAGAUAAUCCCAGAGGGGUUGGUGGUCAACUCAACAGCCAGUGUGAGAAAUAAGAUCAACCAGUUUGAAGCUCUGACACAGAGAUCUCAAGGUUCGGUUUCAGGACUGCAGAGACGGGCCUUCUCAGUGCCAACGCAACUCAGCAAGGCUCAUCAUGGAGAGAAGAAGAACGGGUCAGCAAAGGCAACAGGUGGAUUCAAAGACAGACUGGGGGGAUUGACAGAGGGAGGGGGGGAAAUUGAGGAGAAAGGGAAGAAACUUGGGUCAGAAAGGUCUUUGUCAGUGGAUGAGGCUGGACUUAGAUUAGCUAGGAAAGAAGGAGAAGACUUGAUUCAGAGUGAAGACAUGGGUGAUGAUCAUCCCAAAGAUUUAAGCGAGCACUCCACACACACAGAUAUUCUUGAUAUUCCAGUAAAUGAGGGAGAUCAAAAACUGCAUAGAAACUUCUAUAUAGAUGAGUCAGAUUUAUUCAAGCUCUCAAGUCCUGAGGAGCCCAGUGACAGGCCAACAUUUUUGCCUCUGUCCGACACUAGUGACUCUCCUGAGAAUUCGCACAAAACAAAAUCCAUCAUGGUGAUUUCACCUGUUAGCGAUGAAGACAAGACUCCAACCAACACUCCAAACAAGUCACCCUCUCUCUCACCUACAACGCAACCAGCAAGCUCCACUCCCAUUACAGAAAACAAAAGCACUUCCAUUUUAACACAAGAAGCCAAAACCCCUGAAGAAGAAGCCUCACCUGUCCCUCAACCUUUCUCCCCGUCACCCCACAGCAACCUCCCUGAUCUGGUCUCUCCAGAUGUUAAUGAGGUAUUUCUAAAGGGAAAGAAACAAGUGUUGGACCUGGAUGCUUGGGUAGCUGGAUUGAGCCCAACAAUUAAGGUUUGGGAGGAUAAUGAAUAUGAGGAUGACGAUGACAGUACACAGAAGGAUGAGGAUUCAAACUAUGAUUCAGACUCUGGAGAGUCCUCUGUGACCAUAACCAGUAAUAUGAGCCAAUCAGAUCGUCGGAGCUUCUGCGUCAGUCUUUCUGAUCUGUGUAAUUUUGCUGGAGUGGACUAUGAGUCAGAAAACGACAUCGACGAAUGGCAAUCAGUCGGCCAGCGAUCUGCCUCUCUGAGCUCAGACAUGUCGGCGCUCUCUUGUGUGUCUGUGCUGCCAACUGAGGAGCUCGAUAAGCUGCUGGAGGAUGUCAGGAACCUUGGGGACAGCACUCUGCAGGACUAUAAUGAUGUGCAGGUGGUUGUUCUCCACAAGGAGAUGGGAGUGGGACUGGGCUUCAGUUUGGCUGGAGGCAUCGACCAGAACAAGCCAGUCACAGUCCACAAAGUGUUUCACUUAGGGGUAGCAGCACAGGAAGGCUCCAUACGGGCAGGGGACCAAGUCUUGUCGAUCAAUGGCACAGCUCUGGGUGGUUAUGCCCAUUGGGAGGCUGUUAGGGUCCUAAGAAGAGCGAAAACUCGGGAUUUGGGAGUGGUGGUCCUCAGGAGGGGAGAGAUCAGUAUUAAUAAGGGGGGAGUGCAGAAAAAAAGUCAGGUAGCAACAGCAGCUCAGGCCAAGGAGACAGGUCAGCUUCUGUGCGUGCGCCUGGAGAAGAACAGCAGGGAUCUGGGCUUCAGUCUAGAGGGAGGUGUGGGCUCCAGUUUGGAGGACAGACCACUGACUGUGCAGAAGAUCUUCCAAGGAGGCCCUCUUGACAAGGUGCGCCCUGGAGACGAGGUUGUAGAAAUUGAAGGUGUCAGCAUGGUUGGGAUGAGACGUCUGGAGGUGUGGACUCUGAUCAGAAGACUGCCCCCUGGGCCUGUGGAUGUGGUACUGCGACGCCCUCUGAAACACCUGGAAACAUAAGGAUUACUGAGUGCAGUGACUGAUGUCAGACUAGAAAACGAAACACAAACUGUUGAACAUGACAUGUAUUAAGCUUUCUGUCAGCUUCUUCCGAUUGAACAAUUAAGCUAUUACUUUUAUCAACAUUUUAACAAUACCACAAAGGGAAUAUUCUAUGGAAACUAGGCCAAAAUAUGUAUUUUAUCACUUUAUCUACCUCAAGUUUGGCAUUUUUCUGCAACAGCCAAAAUUAAAAAGCACUGUUGACUCAUGCAUUAUUAAUCCAUCCUUUCUUACUGAUAGUCUGCUCAGUUAAAAGCUUGUAAUGUUGUAAUGAGACAUAUGUUGUUAUAUAUUGUAAAUAGAAGAUCACUGCAUUUAUACUGCUUUUUAAUA